ACGGAGUACUAUCGUGAGCUUCGAACCGUUACCCCACAAUUUUAAUUCAUCCUCCCUCCACCUCUGGACAAGACAUCGGCCCAGCCCUGAUUCAAGAUGGCUGCGGUGCAAAGUAGCCCCAGCUCACCAACCCAAUCUCGCACGAAGAAGGGCCCUCUUGUGACCGAACCCCCAAAGUUCGAUAUUGAAUCAUAUGUGCAAAACUACAAGGGACGAACCAGAUAUGAACGUCUCCUCCUCAUCGGCACAUCAUCCUCCUUCCUCGGGGUCGAAGCUCUCAAAGCUGCGGUUGUCGAAGCGAAGGCUGGCAAAGAUACCAGGCGAUAUGUAGAAGCGUGCAAUCACCUUCAGGCGGUCGCGCCUCAGGAGCCCGAGGCUGUGAGAGACCAGGCGUGGGUAGACACUGUGGGGAAACAGAAUCUGGCGGAGACGGCUCGGCUGGAGGCCGAAUUAAAAGGAUAUAAGAACAACCUCAUUAAAGAGAGUAUUCGAAUGGGCAACGAGGAUUUGGGUAAACACUACCAGGCGAUAGGCGAUCUCCCAAAGGCUUUCGAGGCUUUCAGCCGCAUGCGUCAAGAUGUCAGCAUACCAAAACACAUUGUGGACGUCAGCAUGCACCUUAUCGAAGUUGCGAUUGAACAGAGGAAUUGGAUUUCGGUCGUCUCCAAUGUGCAGAAGAUCAGAGGUAUCCAAUCGGUUGUCGAGGAUGACAAGUCCAUUCAACAAUACAUAGCCGCUGCUGAUGGGUUGGCAAAUAUGGAUAUGGGAAACUAUCACACGGCAGCCUUACACUUCCUCAGCACAGAAGCCGGUAUGGGUUCUAGCUGCAAUAGCAUCAUCAGUCCAAAUGACGUCGCGAUUUACGGGGGCUUAUGCGCCCUUGCGUCCAUGGAGCGAUCCGAUCUGCACAAGAGGGUGCUUGAGAACUCAAACUUCCGGACCUACUUGGAACUCGAACCUCACAUCAGACGCGCUAUCACCUUCUUCGUUAAUAGUCGGUACUCUGCUUGCUUGAGUAUCCUCGAAGCAUACCGGGCGGAUUACCUCCUGGAUAUACACCUCCAAGAUCAUGUCGAUGAGCUCUAUUACAUGGUCCGCAGCAAAAGCAUCGUCCAGUAUUUCAUCCCUUUCUCAUGUGUGACUCUGGACAGCCUGAACGCUGCUUUCGCAGCGCCAGGGAAGACCAUCGACAAAGAGCUCGGCCAGAUGAUCGCGCGCAAGGAGCUCAUUGCACGGAUCGAUACACAGAACAGGCUUCUCACUUCCGUUCCUUCUGCGGCGCGUUCAACGUUACAAGCUACUGCACUCAAGACAGCCAGGGAGUACGAGCGGGAGGCCCGCCGACGAAUCCAGCACAUGAACAUUGUGGGGGCGGAACUCGACAUCAGAGCGGGAAAGAACCCGGGGGCUCUUGAUGAGCUGUUGGAUGGUGGAAUUCUGGGUUCAUCUCAGCGCGCGAAGGCAGGCGGUUACCAAUGAAUGGAUUCGAAGCUCGAUAUGGCACGGCGCACGACUGGGCAUGAAUCGAAGCAUAUGAUGGCGUUGUGGAUUGGGCGGACAUGGAGCAUAGAGGCAACUAUAUCAGCAGAGC